UCUUAAACUCACUAUAAACUCAAAAUACCCGCAAUACAUACCAUUAAAUGGAAUUAAGAAUAGAAUGUAUGUGUGUAAGAGUCAAGCUCCUCCCACUGUUCCUAUUAAUAGUAACAGGGACAUUGCAUAUAAUGAACUGCCUAUUAGUUGUGAGUUACCAGUCAAGUAGUCGAGAGUUAUGAGCCACAUGGAAUACUUUACCAGUCCUUCCAAACAGCGUAAUAAAAAGACAAUUGCAGAUCUGUCCGAUGAGUUUACCAACAACAAGAAAAAUUGGUGCAACUUUUGUUCUGAGCUCUACCCUAUUAAGAAGAAGCCUAAGUAUAUUGAGGGUUAUAUGUUUGAAGACUCGGAUGAUGCAGAUAGUGCUACCGAUCGCUCACCACUUGUGAGACAGCAGCCAGCAGAUGACGAUACACUCCACAGACACACGCACAUCAUAACAGGAUACCUGUCAAUAUUUGAAGUUAUAGUACUGUUGGUUUAUUUGGUUGGUGGAAUUGUUGGUCUUGUCAAUUCUGAUCGCAAUGCUGGUGAUCAUUGUGCCAAUCAAACACACCUUCCUGUCAUCUACAAGAACUGCUUUGAUAAAUUCUUAAUUGGAUUCAUGUGCAUGGCUCAUGCAAUACUGUGGCUGGCUAUUGCUGUUUUGGAUCGUAUCAUUCAGUGGCAGCACCAGAUCAUAAGGAGAAAAGGAUACCUUAAAUUCUACAGAAAGAUGAAAAACCUAAGACGCAUACCAUUCAUCAUGAUGUCACUAGGCACUGCUGUGCUUCUGAUAUUUGUCUCAGUUUUGUAUCUGUUCAGUGUUAAGGAUAGGGUAGAUCAAACUUCAUCAGCUUCCUUUAGAGUCAAGUACUUUAUGUUCAUUAUUGUUGGAAUAGAGAUGUUCAUAUCAAUAAUAGCUUUAAUGAUAUAUAUCAUUCAAGCUGUCUUGUUUAAUAUUCGUCGUCCCCCACCUGAUGUUAUACAGGACACAGCAUCAAUGGCAAACUCACCAACAGCCACCCUCACUACUGUUGGAUUCAGAGAUGGUGAAGAUUUGGAUGAAUUGUUAGAGAGACAAGCUGACAUGAUCAGGUACUUGCAGCAACACAAUGCCAGCCUUGGGAGAAGAAUAAUGGAAUUGCAAUCAAGAACAAUUGAAUAAUCAUACAAGAACACAAUAAAUAUAUUAAAAGUCUGUUUGAAAGUGUGUAUUAUGCAGAUAACUGAAAAA